AUGUAUCGUGUGGUAUUCGCUAUUGUUGUGUUGGCGGUGUGUGAAGCUGUGCGUGACCAGUCGAUCGCCGUCAAAGGACGACUGCUCUGUGGAACUGGACCAGCUAAAAACGUCCGCGUGAAGCUCAUCGACACAGACACCGGUCAGUUUCCACUCAAAAAUGAACGGGAAAAUUUGUCUCAAGCCUACGCUGAUCAUGCUUGCCGCAAAGGAUAUACCGACGACGACCCACGCCCCCUUUCUCGCCCUUCCGGUGGCACUGGACAUGAAACUACCGAUAUCGACCCUAUCCUCAGAAUCUACCACGAUUGCAACGAUGUCACCGGUAUAGCGAAUGUACCCAAGCCAGGAAGCCGUAAGGUAACGUUCCGUCUCCCAGGAAAGUACAUUACCUAUGCAAAACAACCAAAGACCACAAUGGAUAUCGGUGCAAUCAAUUUGGAACUACAUUUUCAGGAUGAAGGAAGAGAUUAUAUUGUCAGUUGA